UAAAAACAAAAUUCCAAUUAGGAAGUCACUCACAGCUCCGUCUUCCUCCUUCCUCUUUAAUUCGAUUCCCUCAAUCAUGCCAUCUCACACCUCAUAAAUCAAUCAAAACCAAAAACCUCUCCUCUCCUCUCCCGACCCGACCCGAUGGCUAGGCGCUCCAUACCCGUCCUAAAACACCUGCUAACCUCCUCCUCCACCCCCACCCUCCGCCGAUCCGUAACCUACAUGCCACGCCCCGGCGAUGGCGCACCGCGACCCGUAACCUUGAUCCCCGGCGACGGAAUCGGCCCUCUAGUAACGAACGCCGUCGAACAGGUCAUGGAAGCAAUGCACGCACCAGUGUAUUUCGAGAAAUACGACAUCCAUGGGGACAUGAUGAGAGUACCGUCAGAAGUGAUAGAAUCGAUAAAGAAAAACAAAGUAUGCUUGAAAGGAGGGUUGGCGACGCCUAUGGGAGGAGGGGUUAGUUCAUUGAAUGUGCAAUUGAGGAAGGAGUUGGAUUUGUAUGCGUCGCUUGUGAAUUGUUUUAAUCUGCAAGGAUUGCCUACGCGACAUGAGAAUGUUGAUAUUGUUGUUAUUAGGGAGAAUACGGAGGGAGAGUAUGCGGGUUUGGAGCAUGAAGUGGUUCCUGGUGUUGUUGAGAGUCUUAAGGUGAUAACAAAGUUCUGUUCAGAACGCAUUGCAAAAUAUGCUUUUGAGUAUGCUUACCUGAAUAACCGGAAGAAAGUGACUGCUGUGCACAAAGCAAACAUCAUGAAGCUUGCAGAUGGUUUGUUCCUGGAAUCUUGUAGGGAGGUUGCUACAAAAUAUCCUGGGAUCAAAUACAAUGAAAUUAUUGUGGACAAUUGCUGCAUGCAACUUGUCUCAAAGCCUGAGCAAUUUGAUGUCAUGGUGACACCUAAUCUUUAUGGCAAUCUCGUUGCAAAUACCGCUGCAGGUAUUGCUGGUGGCACUGGAGUCAUGCCAGGAGGCAAUGUCGGGGCUGAUCAUGCUAUUUUUGAGCAAGGUGCUUCAGCAGGAAAUGUAGGUAAUGAUAAACUAUUGGAACAGAAGACAGCAAACCCAGUGGCACUGCUUCUCUCUUCUGCCAUGAUGCUAAGACAUCUCCAGUUCCCUUCUUUCGCUGAUCGAUUAGAAACUGCAGUCAAACGGGUAAUUUCAGAGAGUCAUUACCGGACAAAAGAUCUAGGCGGAACCAGCACUACUCAAGAGGUUGUUGAUGCAGUCAUAGGUGCUUUAGACUGACUGGUUAAAUACUCAUUUAGCUGCUGGUGUUAGUAAAACAUUGUUUGUCUCACACUUGUUCACAACUUUGUUCGAUUUUCUGCCCACCACACUCUAGAUUUUAUCGUCAUUUUUUUGCUGGUUGGGUUUAAAUAAUCUCAAUCCCAUAUGAUAAAUGAUGUUUCAAUUUGAGUUAUAUACCUGUAAAAAUGGUCGGAUUCCCUGUUUGCUUCGACAUGAAGCCUAAUUUGUAUUUGAAUUUGGUGGAA